AUGGCUCCUAACCUCUCCUUGCUCGUACUCCUCUUCCUCCUCUUCCCCGCGGCCAGCAGUUCGGUCGCCGCCGCCGCCGCGCCGAACACCGGCAACGCCUUCAACGUCACGGAGAUCCUCGGCCGGUACCCGGAGUUCAAGCUGUUCAACUUCCUCCUCACCAAGACUGGAGUCGCACGCGAGAUCAACAACCGGAAUGCCGUGACCCUGCUCGUCACGGACAACGCCGCGGUGGACUGGCUCCUCCGCCGCAGCGCCAGGCUCGCGCGCGCCGCGCUCGUCGAGCUCAUGUCCGUCCACGUCGCGCUCGACUACAUCGACGCGGCGAAGCUUGCGGCGCUGCCGCGGGGCCGGCCCACCGUGGUCACCACGCUGUUCCAGGCCAGCGGGACCGCGCGGAACCGCACAGGGUUCCUGAACGUCACCGCGACACCCCGCGGCGGCGCCGUGUUCGUCUCGGCCGCGCCCGGCUCGCUGGUGAGUGCCACGUUCAAGGGCGCGGUGACCGCGAAGCCGUACAACAUAUCGGUGCUCCAGAUCAGCAACCUCGUCGUGCCGCGGGGCGUCAUCACCAGGCCGCGGCCGCCGUCGCCGCCGUCGCCGAGGAUGAGGCAAAUGGCGAUCGCUCCGAGCCCUGCGCCAAUGCCGCCACGGCUACUGCCGAUGGUACCGAGCCCAGAGGACGACAUCACAGAGGCUCCGGGCGCGGCUGCGGUGCCGUCGCCGUCGCAUGGUCAUGCGGCGCAGGCGACGAGUUGGUGGUCUGGGGUUGGUGCGAUCGUGGGGAUGGCAUGCAUGCUCGGGUACUUGUAG